UCUUUCAAAGGUCUUGUGAGUGCAUGUGGCGCGAUAUGGGAAACUGAGUGGAAAGUAGUUUUGACAGCAGUGAGAAUCUGGAGCUGGAGAUUCUGUCCACGGUUUGAGUCUCUGUUCGUCCAAACAUGUUUUCAACAGAGCAAAGUUGCUGGUUUAUCCGCAAGGUGAUUUGCUGGAGAGCCGCAGCUAGUAUUGCGUGGGCCGUGCUGUUGUUGCCACCCAUCACAGCAGUUUUUGUAAUCCUCAGCAGGUUCAGUCUUCUCCACCCCAUCCAUACCAUAUCAGAAUGCUUCUCCUUGCUAAUGAGUGCCAGUGCCAUAUUCUCUUUCAUCCUGCUGUGUGGGGUGAUCAUCAUGGUGGGCUUCCUGAACCUGGAGUAUUAUACAGUCAUCCCAACUAUUGCAUGCUCAAAAAUCGCCAUGUUUGGACAACUGCUGCACCCUCGUCAGUUUGUCAACACCCUGGUCCAUUGCAUCAUGGGAAUAAUUGUGGCUUGGUGUUGUGCUGUCACAAUCGGGGGCAGAUACGAGACGCUUGGCUACACAUGCACACAGAGCGAUGGUUCAACUCAGAUGUGUCUGAAUGAGUAUCACCUCAUCCUUCUGCUCGCUGGAGUCUUUGUUGGAUUUUCUCACAGUCUGCUGGGUGUGAUCUACAACAUGAACUAUGUCUCCUUCACCACUGUUCAGCAAUACAAAUACCUUCGCUUCAAGGGAUCACUGCCUUUAGUGGUGAAAUGCAGUGCCACACAAGCACUAUACUCUAUCAGGAACUACAUUGUUGUGUAUUUCUUUUUGGGACACAUUCCAAGAGCAUGGAUCUGUAAAACACUGAAUCUUCAUUUGAACAGCUCCAUCCACACUCUUGACAGCAUAGCUGGACUGCUGGACCUCUCUCUGCUCUACCACAUGUGGAUCAGUGCCACCUUCCUUCUCUUUACGUGGUACAUCACACUGCUGCUCUUUAGGAUCUUUGUCACUGAGGUUUACAGUUUUCCUGUGCAAUCGUCCUUUACCGAAGAUGCCCACCAGUGUCUUCCUAAAGUUCUGUCUGAAAAGCAGUCAGUGAUAGUAAAGUUCCUAGCUCUGCAGGACCUGGCUCUGCUGUCUCAACACUCUCCAUCGCGACGCUGUGAGGUCUUCAGUCUGAGUCAGCCAGGUGGCCAUCCUCAUAACUGGAACUCCAUCAGUCGGGAGUGUCUGUCCUUGUUGGCUGAUCUGACCCAGAGACUUGUAGCUUAUCAUGACACCGUGGCAACCAAUGGCAGGGCCAAAUCACUGUCUACAGGGAGUGAAAGGAAAUCUUCAUCUGAGACAUCAGUAACAUCAGGUACAGAAGAGUUUAUGUCUCCGAGGCACACUCUGCUGAUGAAAACUCCAGCUUCAGUCUUUGCCCGCUCCAUCGGCAGAGGCCAACAGAGUCCUCUGACUGCACCAUUCACUCCAGAGCUCGACAGUCCCUUCACUUCACCAUCCCUGCGACGCCUCACCGCUCCACUCGAGCAGUGCUCACCUUGGUACGGCACGGUGCAGAGCCCGCAUAUCAUGAGGAGAGCGCCAAAACUCUGGUCCGCCUCCACAGAUUCACAGAUUAAUGGCAGUUGCCCACCGUCCCCUGCCUCAGUUCCCAGUCCCCAGCAGGAAACCUCCAAACCCAGUCUCCUCACUCAGUUCCUCCAGAACAGAAAAGAACAGGUUAAAAAUUUCUUGGCAAAGCGGGUGCUGAUAAUGUAUUUGUUUAACAAGCUUCCAGAGGCUUCCAGUCAGGCUCUCUUUGCUGACAGCCAGGCUCACAUCUGGGCGUUAGAAGGACUGUCCUAUCUUGUUCAGGCCUCCUUCUCAGAAGACCAAUUUGGGGUUGUACAGACUACAUUACCCAGCAUUCUCAGCUGUAUGCUGGGCCUACAAGAGGCUGUCGAUCGCCACUUCAAGCUGCCUCACGCCUCCAGUAAACCCCUCAGGUGGAGCAGCAGCAUGAGUGACUCCACUUACAAAACACUGCGAUUUGCUCUCAGAGCCACGCUCAAGACUGCCAUCUACAGAAUAACAACCACUUUUGGUGAUCACUUAAAUGCUGUCCAGAUGUCUACAGAGCACCAGAAGAGACUGCAGCAGUUUCUGGAGUAUAAGGAAUGACCACCAGGCCACUUGGCAUUCUGUGCCUCUGGAUUCUUAUCAGUGGGAUGUGUCGUGUGUGUGUGCGCAGACGUGUUGACAUGAGGCGACAAAGGGAAAGCCCAUGACACUGCCUCUCUAUUUUAAUAUUUAUGCCAUGGAGGAUUGCAUUCGAUAGGCUAGAUCACAUCUCUCCACAUUACAUGAGGUGGGGCCAGGACUACACCUGACACGAGGCACCGUGUGUGUGUGUGUUUGUGUAUAUAAGGUUAAAACCACCUGACUCCAUCAAGCAACUCAUUCCAAAAGAUUAGUUUGUUUCAUGAAAAUAACAAUAUUAUACUUGUUUUUAAUGGAAUGAGUUGUGAAAGGGCUUAUUUAUACUGCAUUAUGUUUUCAUGAUUUGUCUGCUGUCCUCUUGAAUUGUAUCUGUAUGAUUUAACAAGAUUUAGUGUUGAAUGAGAGGAGUGUAGUAGCUGAUGGGAAGGUGUUGUGAGAUGUCACUUCACAGGUUCAGGCUGAAAUGUGUUUUCUUAGAUCCGGUUUAGUUCUAAGUAGCAGUGAGCCAGUACACUACUCAGUCUGAUUGGAUAUUGGGAAAAGAAUGUAAAAUCCAAUAUCAUCUAAACAGCCCAAAUAUCACAAAUGCUUCAAUAAGCACGGGUUGUAAACAUGUAAAUAAAAAGCAGAGAAAGCAUAUUUUUUUUACUGCAUCAUAUUGUUGGGACAGAGUUGGUUUCACAAUCAGAUUCGUUCCAAAUUGUCUGGUUGUAGCUCAAUGGUAAAUAAAUGAGCACACGUGUUUAAAAAGAUGUAAAUCGUGUGUGUUGUUUAAACAGUGCUGUCGAGCCCUCUCUAUCUCUCCUUCAUCAUCAUCAGCUUUGACGGUCAUGUAUGUCAAAGUAAGAGGUGACUGGUUACAUUUGUGGGUAAAUGUUUUGUCCCUGCCGACCUGAGUUUGAGUUUUCACUCUUGAGACUUGUUGAAUAAAACAUGAUGUAAAGUUAA